AUGGAGAACGCAGGACGCACGCCCAUGGAAGCCUUGUUGGCGGUCGAGGUGUGGGAGGGCAUAUUCAUGUGGCUGACCUCGGCUCGUGACCUAGAAGACACACUCAUCAACCAGCCAGGCGACUUCCGCCGCGAGCUCUGCUAUCGGGUGGGGCGUUGUGUACCCGAGUACGGCCCGAUCGACGUGGACCUGAGCACCACUAGCCUCAAGUUCAUAGCAUGUAACCAGCCCAGCGCUGAUGCCCUGCGUAGCGGCAGCCUGGAGGACAUCCUGCGCUACAUCUACCAACAGCUUUCAUUUGCGCUCGAAAUCCACAUAGUCCUGCACAACUACGCUGCGCAGUUCACCGACGAGGAGCUGCUCAAUGCCAUCGUGUACGUUGGCUAUGCCCUCCCAGAAAGCGGGGUUCCCCUCCUCAACGCAAUCACCGAGUUCCGAGUGGUGGUCUGUGUGGCGGCACUCACUACCUACCUCCAGCCUCGAGCGCAUGCGCGCCCACCUCCUCGGCGCCGCGUCGCCGCUCCCCUUUCUCAGCGCGCCGACCUGCAGCGUCUCGUCACCACCGCCGAGAAGUGCAUUCAACACUUGCGCCUGCGGCAGCAGCAGCUGCAGGACCAGAAGGCCAAAGACGAGCAGCGGCUGCGCCGUCUCGCGGAGGAGGCAGCGGUUGUAGCGCCUCCGCCGCUGCUGCAGUUCGUCCAUUCGGCGCCGGGCGACGAGCUGGCCGCGGAGCUGAUCGACCACUUCUUGCGCACGAAGCCAGAGCGAUUGGCGGAGGCGCUGACGAUGCGCGCAUGGGACUCGUUCGCAUCGAUCACGCUCAACGAGCUGGCCAACCAGGGAGAGGGCCUCCGUGAUGCGGCACUGGAUCUGCGACUCAACAACUACGCGACGAUGAUGGCCGUGAUGGCCGGCCUGAACGACGCCGCCUGUUGGCGACUCAAGCGGACUUGGGAGGUGGUGAAGGCCUCAGAUGAAGUGUCGCAGACCUACUCGGCUCUUGAGACGUUGAUCGACAGGAGAUCGGGACGGCUUUGUUACCGCCAGGCCCUGGCCAACGCUGCACUUCCCUGCCUGCCCUACCUGGGCUUUAUGUUGACUGACCUCACCUUCAUCUGCGACGGACAAGGGACCCAUUGGCAAGGCCCUGGCGUGGUACCCUUCAAAAAGUGGCGCCUCUGCAACGACGUCUUCACUGAGAUCGGACGAUGGCAGAGUGUGCCCUACCGCUUGGAUGAGCAAGCAGAAGUGGUGGAACACUUGAUGCGGUCCGAGCUGUUCCACCCAGCUGACUCGGAAGAGUUGUACGCUCUUUCUUGCGCUCUAGAGCCCAAGACCAAAUGA